GCCUGUGUGCAGCUGGAGGUUCUCCAGUUUUCAAGCCGUAGUUUCCACAGUUGUUUUUUAAUACUCAGUAUCAGAGGGCAGUGGUCACCCAGAGGUCAGAGAAGCAGAGGUGAGAUCUGCGGUUUGCAGGUUCAACUCCCACAGCAGACAGGCCACCACUGUGGGUCUUUGAGCAAGGCUCUUGACCCUGCAGUAUCGCACUGGCAGCCCGCCACUCCUCCAGAUCAGAUGGUCACAAUGUUUCCCAACACCUCCCUGCCUACACAAAUAUUCCACUCCUCGAAAGAUGACCAGGCAACAACGGUGGACAUCGACGCCAUCAUGGACAACGUCAGCAUCGUCCUCUACACGCUGACCGUCGUGGUCGGCAUUACUGGAAACUCCAUAGUGAUCUGGGUGGCUGGAUUCAGGCUUAAGCCGAAGGUCACCAAUGUGCUGGUGAAUCUGGCCAUAGCUGACCUGAUCUUCUGCUUCACGCGAGUCUUCUCCCUCACCAAGAAGCUCUUCUUCGACCAUUGUCCCUAUGGCGUCUUCCUCUGCAAGUUCAACGGCUUCUUCAAGUACGCCAACAUGUUCUGCUCGGUCUUCCUGCUGGCCGUCAUCAGUCUGGACCGAGUGCUCUGCGUCUGGCAGCCGGUCUUCACAAAGCGUCGACGCACCCUGUGGGCGGCGAGGGUGGUGGCCUUCUGCGUCUGGGCUGCUGCGGUCCUCUUAAGCAUACCUUAUUUUCUCUCCCGGCAAGUCUAUAUGGGAAAGAACAACCUGAGUAAGUGCUCUGUGGAUAAGAAGGAGACGGCAGAGAGGAAUAAUGGCACCAAAAUUGCUCUCUACACCGUCCGCUUCCUCUGCGGCUUCAUGCUGCCCUUCAUGGUCAUCAUCUGUUACAUCCUGGCCGGCAUCGGCAUUCGACGCACGCGCCUCUCAAGGAAGUCUCGCCCCCUGCGCAUAUUGGCGUCCCUCGUCAUAGCGUUCUUCCUGUGCUGGGCGCCCUACCACUGCCUCCUGCUGGUGAAGAUGGUGGACAGUAAGAACGUGGUGGUGAAAAUCUGGCACCCUGUGGCGAAGGGCGUCGCGUACUUCAACAGCUGCGUCAACCCUCUGCUGUACUUCUGCAUGGGGCUGAAUGUGAGGGGGCGGGUCCGGCAGAGCCUCACCGGCGUGUACAGGAGAGCUCUGGCCGAGGACAUCGACGGGCCAACAAAUCAGUCCAAUGACCGCACCCUAGAGGACAGCAGCGGGUCCAGGAACAGUACCGCUGUGGUGGAAGCUCGCAGUAAUACAGAGUGAAUGUAGCUAAAGUUUAAGGUUCUGCUAAGUGAUGGAGACAGAAGUUGUAGAAGAAGUUGUUUGGAACCCACUCGAACAAACAACAUGGCAUCCUCGACCCUUCAUCUUGAGGACUGAUCUGGACUUCCCUUUGGAAGAAUAUUAUAAACAGACAUUUUCUAAGCUUUACCAAACAUUUUGCCUGCUGAGAUCCGAACAUCUCUCUGACAGUAAAGAAGCUGAUUUUUAAUGAGUGUUAUGCGAUAUUGUUUCAUUGCAGAAUAUUCACUGUAAAUUGUAAAAAAAGGGCUCUUCUCUUUGCUUUUAGGGUACUCUCCCCUGUAUAUAUUUAUUGUACCAAUGAACAUUACAUGCAGUAUGCCAUGCUAUAUACUAUUAUGGAGCAUGAAACUGCUGAAUCCAUUUUGUUUUCAGUGAGCUGAGUCAGUCUCAUUCAUAUUAACAAGUCUCUCUUUUUUUGCUGAGACAGCAAUGAAAAAACCCACUAGAUUGACUUGCAGCUUGUUCAAUUACUGGAGAUAAACAUUGAUAGAUGUAGAAAAAGUUUAAGUUCUUUCAAGUUACACUGAUGAUUUUUUUGUAUUGUUUUAUUACAUAUGCUGAUAGUUUUUCCACUCCCUCAGAGUUUAAUCCACAAUCAACAAAUGCUCAAUGUAGUAAUACUCACUUAUACCUUCGACAAUCCUCAGAGAAUGAUAGGUGGGGCCAUAAACUCACACAGGGCAUGCAAAUUAUUAUUUUUUUCUUUUCAACAAUGCAGCAUGGACAUUUUUGGAGUACCUGCAGAGAUUACCUUCAUUCACUGUGUUCUUUAAAACCAUAAUUGCUAUGUACACUCUUGUGUAAUCUGUGUAUAUAACACACCCUUUUUUGUCAAUAGAUUAUACCCUUUCUGCCUCCAACAUGCCACGCAGGUCACAGAGGAGGCUUGAUGACAAAUUUCUGUUGCACUCAAAGAUGAUUCGCCCAAUUAAUUCAUGACUUAGGAUGAAAGCGGUUUUCUUCCUGGACCAGUAAUCUUAGGCCAAAACCACGUUACGAAACCAGAGUAGCCAGAGAAAAUAAAUGCACGCAAGCUCGCACGAGAGAAAGAAGAAGGAACUCCAAACUACAGAGACAAAAAGCCCCCAUGCUUAAUCUGGGUUCUAAUUGAAGACGUUUUCAUUUAAGGCGAGUGUGUUCACCACAACACCUCUGUGCGCACUCCAGAUUUCACGUAAAAAGAGAAAUUGAGAUUGUUGCAACGAGACGGAUGAAUUAAUGAAAUACAAGAGUGUGAACCUCAAGUACUCGUGUCAAGACGAUAUUACACUGACUCUCACUGCUCAUCAUCAGAUCAAAUGGAACUAGUCCGAUCACACGCAUGAAUGUUGAUCUGUGACAUUACUUUCUUCACUAAAAAAUGACUAAUAUCACACAGUGGAAAGACAACAAAGUAAAAAAAAAAAUCUGAAUAUGACAUUUAUUUGUCUCACUGACAGAUUAUAUCAAUAUCGUUUUUAACAUGGUGACAAACAGAAAUGACUUUACCAUUUUCCUGUAACGUUUUUGAGUUGCUUAUUUCACAAACAAAUAGCAGAACUGUGGUAAGUCUGAAAGAAUAAGGCAGAGGGAAGUGAGAAUGUUUAAAGGAAGGUCAGUAAUAACGCCUGUCCUGUGUGUGCAGCGGUCACACGCGCUGGGCUGAACCGAAACCAUCUCAAUCCAAUGGCUUUCAGAUAAGUUACGUUUUUUUUUGUAUCACUGUCUUGUGCAGGAGCGUCGCAUUUGGCCAGAGACUUUUAUGACACGGUGCGAAUGGCAACAUUAAAAUGAAGCCUUAGCAACCAGGUAAAACACAGCUGUGCAGUGCUUGCUCUGCAGAAUGAAUACACAUCAUUAGGAUGAGCACAGCCAGUCUGUGUAUCAUGAUCUUGGUGUUAUGGAGGUUUCAGAACUGCUGCGAUGUGCUUACUUUUCAGGUUCCUUUCACUGGGCUCAGUACAUCCAGACACUUCAUUUUAAAGACACACGGUGUUUGGUGUUAAAGCUAGGGUAGACGAUGUUGUCCAAAAGCACUUUUUGUCAUACUGAGUGAAAUGCUACUGCCCCCUGGGAGAAGUCAAUACAUUAUGUGGACGGAAAAAGG